CCAGCCUUCGCGUUUCACCCCUCACCCCUGGCCAACGUGUUUGCUGGCCGGUCCCGCAUCAAGGCUGCGGCGGCCAGUCGUCCGACAGAGGAGAGAACCGCCGUAUCUUCGACAUGUUCGGCUCUUCACCAGAGACAUAGAUUCCCCCAAUCUCGUCAGGCACCGAUGUCUCAUAGGGCUGCUACAUCACAAGGUAUCCCCAUGUGCCGGCAGUGCCUCCACACAUCCCUUGUGGUACUUCUCUAAUUCGGACGUGAAAUCCAACCUCCUCGCUGCACCAGCCCGAUAACAUCAUCACCGCUCCUGCGACCCCUCCCCCCCCAAGUUAUGAUGGAAACAAUGGAUCGCGGAAGCAUCUACGACCACGAUAUACCCUCACUGAGCGCGUCACUCGAAGCCUUCGACCCGGAGCGCAGCAUGCACUCUGCCUACAGUUCGCGCUCUGGCAUGCAGUCCUCGUCGCGGUGGAGCGCGCAGGAAGCGGAGGAGUCCGAACCAGAGUCGGACGGGCCGUGGGCGCCUCCAGCAUGGCAGAAGUCGAACAACGCCUGGUACCGGAAGUCACUGCUCAGCGAAGGCGCGAUGCGACCGAGCCCGUCAAAGUCUCCAGGUACCAGCCCGUUCGAUUACCGCAGCGACCGCGACAUCACACCCUCACGAAUACCCCUCCCCGAAUCGCCGCUGAAGCAAACCCCACGAACCAGCCCAGAACCCAUGUCGGAGCAAGAAAAGAGACAGUUUUCGCCAGACGGCAUCGCAUCAAGGAUGCAGAGCCCUUCAGAAGAGCCGCAAGCCAGCGCGGGGCCAGAGCCGGGCGCGGACGACCAUAUGGCGUUGUCGCAUCACGACGAACGGCCUGGUAAUUUGGAUGGAUUCGUCCGUUUCGCUAUACGUGGAGAGACGUUGUUUCGCACUGCCCCCAUAGAAGACACGAUUUCUUCGGUCGCAAACGGUUUCCACAUGUUCACUAGCUCGAAGACCAAUAUUGCUCUCUCACUUUUUGUACUUGUGCUCUCAUGGGCCUUGACCCAAUCAUGGACUGUUGGCUUGAUACCGGACGUCGCGAAUGUCGCAAACUUGGCGAAGCAGUUCGAACCGUUAAUGUAUGCAUCGGAGAAUGUGAUCCCGCGGUCGCGCGAGCUAGCGGAGGCAAGUAUUGCUGUGCAGGAUCUUGGGGAGAGCGUGCGCGCAACGAACAUGUCAGCUUCAAAUAUUAUCAUCGAACAGCUGGACAACCUCGGCGAGAGCCUGAAGAUUCUAUCCAACAGUAUGACUAGCUUCUUCACGAACGUUGAUGGCGAUAUGGACUCCAUCCUGAUCACCAUGGAAUGGGCGAAGCGGGAGCUUGAGAGUAUUCAAGGCCCAAAGAUUGGGAUGGUUGACACAGUCAUCGGCAACGUCCACGGCGCCCUGAGCAAAGUCGGGGUUCUCGAGCAGAAUGGUGAGCCAACGGCGGUUGGAAAGGUAGUCAACGAUGUGAUGGGUCAGACAACACAGCAGCGCUCCAAAGCCACGCUACAAAGGACAUUCGAUUACCUCUUAUCUACGCUAGAGGAGAACAUCGCUAGCGAACUCGUAAAGGCUGACGCGCUCUUCCAACUCUUCGAAGGCGUCGACCGACAGUUCCACAACCUCCACCGAUCCGUUGCCAAGGAGGAAGACAGCCUGUCCAACAAGAAGGACGAGUUCCUGGCAUCCAUGUGGCGGAUGACGAUUAGCAACAAGAUGAAGAUCAAGAAGUACGAGAAGAACCUCAGGCUCCUCAAGAGCGUGCGUGCAAGCACACUAAACAAUAAAUCCGAGCUGAAGAGCCACAUUCAAGUUAUCAGCUCAGUCAAAGACCAGCUCGAGAAGGCGCGCAAGAACCUCAUCAGCCCUCUGAUCCGGCGUGCGCAGUCCAACUCCUUUGGCCUGGAGCAACAACUGUCCGACCUCUCCGGGACAUACGGAUUCCUCAAGACGCUUCGCGACACGCAAAAGCAUAAAGUCCUGCAGCAGCUGUGGUCGGAGCCGAAGAAACGGGUUACGAUCAGCAACGGGCAGGACGACGACGAAGAAGGGGCGGAGUACUGAGGCUCAUUGUCGCGAAAGCACAGGGCUGUGGUUGAUUAUUAUGAAGCAUUGGGUUCUGGAUAGACAAAGAUGACAGUUGGAGUUGCAGGAUCCCGGAUCAGGCCGGAGUUGUCAGGCUUCAAGCUCACUAUUUGCCUCUGAGUAAGGUAUAACUUUCUUUCCACAGCAUUUUGGAUUGCGCAUUCCGGGCGGUGUUGGGCUUGUCGUUUCUUGUCGUUUCUUGUCUGGUUUAUAAAGUAUACCAAUACCAUGUCUUGGCGGCU